GCUCGGUUCACCGCGCGAGCCCAGGCCAGCAGAACCCAACAAGGUCAGCGACACCGGCGACGCGCCAAUAACCCACUCUCGGCCAAGGAAGCCAACCACAAGAUCGACCCUCUCCAAUGGCGUUGGCGUGCUCCCCCGAACCCCCGCUCAUGGCAAGCGCGUGACCGAUCGAUCCCGCGCAACCUCCAUUCCACGGCGUUGGCGCGGUGUUGCCUCCCCACCUCCCUCACCCUGUCCCUCUCGUGUUGUUUAUUCUUGCGCCCCGACACGGCAGGACGAGGAGGGGACGGAUAGGAAAGCGCAGCCCAACUCCCAACGGUUUCUCCUCCCGGCCAGUUCGUGGGCGAUCCCCGGAGCCUGAGUCGUCGCCGGCCCGGUUCGUCUUCGGUCUUCUCCCGGGGCUUCUUCUCCUCCAGGUCGAGCCUCAAUAAGUUGAAGACAACAUGUUUCGUAGGAAGCACGCCUCUCAUUUCAAUUCAGAUGAUUCUGAACAACGGCAAGCAAAGAUCAACGAACAGAGAGCUGCACUUGGGCCUAUGUCUCCACGUGGCGAGAAGUACUGCAGUGAAGCAUGCUUGGCUAGGUAUCUUGAAGCCCGCAACUGGAAUGUCGACAAGUCUAGGAAAAUGUUGGAAGAAAGUUUAAAGUGGAGGGCACUUAGCAGGCCUGAGGAUAUUCGCUGGCCUGAUGUUUCUGUGGAGGCAGAAACAGGUAAAAUGUACAGGGCAACUUUCACAGAUAGAGAGGGGAGAGCCGUCGUUAUUAUGAGACCUGCAAAGCAGAAUACGUCAUCUCAUGAAGGGCAGUUGCGAUAUCUUAUAUAUACCCUGGAGAAUGCAGUUCUCAGCCUGCCUCAGGGUCUAGACAAAAUGGUGUGGUUGAUAGACUUCACAGGAUGGACACUGGCCAAUGCAACCCCCAUAAAGACUGCCAGAGACAGUGCGAAUAUCCUGCAAAACCAUUACCCCGAGAGGCUCUCGGUUGCGUUUUUGUUCAAUCCCCCCAAAGUAUUUGAGGCUUUCUUUAAGGUUAUCAAAGUAUUCCUCGACCCGAAAUCGAUCCAGAAAGUCAACUUCGUGUACAAGGACAACGAGGAAAGUAUGAAGACAAUGUACAGGCACAUUGAUCCAGAGGUCCUUCCGGUGGAGUUUGGAGGGAAGAACAUUGUGGUGUACAACCACGAGGAUUACUCUAAGUUGAUGACAAAGGAUGACAUCAAAACAGCAAGCUUUUGGGCAGCAGAUGUUAACCAUGUCGUGAACGGGGGUUCGGUGCCUCAUGUUAUACCGGAGUCGUCAUCAAUUGUUGCUAAAGCAAGUUGAGGAACAUCGGCGAGCCAUCUCGCAUGUUGACGGGCUUCAGCAAGCCAAUGUGGCGCGGUUCUUGGUACAGCUCUGAUAGAGGAAUACAGCGAUACGUUGAGGAUGUUUGGAUAAAUAAAUGUAACUGCAGAAUAUCUCGCAUGUGAUGUUACAAAAAUAGUACUGCAGAAUCUAUACGUUGAGUAGUUAUUACUAAUUGGGCGAAUAGCUCCUGUGCGACGUUUUUGAGGUGAAUUAAAAGGAAUGCGACGUCGUUGGUAAGAA